UCCCUGCGCACUGCCGGCGGCGGCGCCGUGCUCCCGCGCUCCCCGCCCCCCGCCCUCCGAGGACCGCUGGGCGGCUUCCCAGCGAGAGGCGCACGGGGUUCGGCUGCUCUAGGCCCGCCCUCUGCCCGCUGCCGCCCCUGCUCCCGCUCCAGCGUCCGCCUGAGUCACGGUGGUGCUUGUUGCUGAGCCUCUGGGCCCCGGCGCGGCUCGCGGAAAUCGGAUAAACCCACUGAGGAUGUCCGAGAACCACGACGAUAAGCCUCACCCAAGCGAUUCAGAGCGAGCCCUAGAAGAUGGUGUAGAGGGGUCUGACGAGUCCGUCCGGAAGCGGAUCCGGCAGAGCACUCCCAGCCCUCAGAGACUGCCCAGACCUCAGUCUAGUCCUCCUCGAUUUGUAUCAGUGGAUGAACUCAUGGAGACGGUCAAAGGAGUUACUAAUAUGGCAUUGGCCCAUGAAAUUGUAGUGAAUGGGGACUUCCAGAUAAAACCAACAGCACUGCCAGAAGACAGCUUGGAGAAGAGAGUCAGGGAGAUUGUCCAUAAAGCUUUCUGGGAUUGCUUGAGUGUCCAACUAAGUGAAGAUCCACCAACUUAUGACCAUGCCAUCAAGCUUGUUGGGGAAAUCAAAGAGACCCUCUUAUCUUUCUUGCUGCCUGGUCACAGUAGAUUGAGAAACCAGAUCAGCGAAGUCCUCGAUCUGGACCUGAUAAAGCAGGAGGCAGAGAAUGGAGCCCUGGACAUUUCCAGACUGGCUGAAUUCAUCAUUGGGAUGAUGGGAACACUCUGUGCCCCAGCUAGAGAUGAGGAGAUUAAGAAAUUGAAGGACAUUAAGGAAAUAGUUCCCCUUUUCAGGGCACUGUUUUCCGUGCUAGACCUAAUGAAGGUAGACAUGGCUAACUUUGCUGUCAGUAGCAUUAGGCCGCAUCUCAUGCACCAGUCAGUUGAAUAUGAAAGGAAGAAGUUUCAAGAAUUUUUCGAGAAACAACCAAAUGCCCUGGACCUGGUCACCCAGUGGCUGCAAGAGGCCUCAGAAGACCUCAUUAACCAGAGGAGCCGGAACUCCCUGAUGGCCAGGGAGGGGGCCGCGGGCUCUGAGGAGACAGCCGCGCUGUGCCCGCUGACCAUCCAGAACCACGCCUACAUGAAGCUGCUGAAGUGGGAUCACACGCACCGGCCCUUCCCCGAAACUGUCCUGAUGGACCAGCCUCGCUUCCAGGAGAUGCAGCAGGAGCUCGAGAGGCUCAGCGUGGUGGGGGCGACCCUGCUGGUCACUUACAGCGCCUCUGCCCCAGGGGUGUCCAGCCUCGCUGGCUUUGCUGAGAAGCUCAAGAUGGUGGUCCAGGUCCUGCUGACAGACAUGCAUCUGCCUUCCUUUAAUCUGGACGAAGCCCUUGCCACCGUCGGGGAGAAAGUGUGCGUGGAGGUGGCUGGCUGCCUGGCCCAGUGUGGAUUCACCCCUUUCAGCGCCGACAAGGAGAUCGCCCUCAAAGGACAGAUUCAAGCCAUUGCCAGCCCCGAGGACCCCAUCCGCAGGCUUGUGGAUGCCAGAAUCCAGGCCUUUUUGGAGGCUCACCUGGCCUCUGGCCUCCAGAAGUCUCUCCCUGCCGUUCCUGGGGGCCUGGGCCCCGUCCAGAAGGAGUUGGAGGAGGUGGCCGUCAAGUUUGUGCGCCUGGUCAACUACAACAGGAUGGUUUUCAGCCCCUACUACGACGCCAUCCUCAGUAAGCUAUUGAGGCCGGAGGGCCCCCGGGGGUCGGUCAGCUCGUAGAGGCCCCCGCCAGCAGCAGCCGCAGCGCAGUGUUCUUUAGUUGGCUUCCAACCCCUGUUCUCUCCCGUAUUGUUGCUUUGGAAAAUGGCUUUCUCUCUAAUACAUUCCUUUCUCAGCAUUGACUCUAAAAGGGAAACCGUGUCACCGUAAAACAAGCUGGAUGCAGCCUGCUCCGGGGGCCGUGCGGGUUUACGAGGGGGCGUUACAGGCGGAAGGAACCCCCGCUUCCUGCACUCUCAGGGGAACGCUGGGCCCCGGAGGAGCCGAGCUGACCCUGGGCCUCUUCUCGGGGGCCGGGGGCUCAGCUUCCGGACACUCGGCGGGUGUAGGCAGGAAAAGGUCAAGCAAGCUCGCCCUGGAGAGGCUGGCGUGGAGCCGGACGUCCGGGAAAAUGACCUCCGGCCUUGCCGCCUCUCCUGGGCUCUCCCGGGCGUGGCUCCUGCCAGGCCCAAGGGCCUCUGGCGCUCAGAGGAGGCUCGUGUUUCUAGAGGAUUUUUUCUGGUUAUCGGGAAUUCGCUCUUUGCUGUUGAAUGAACCUGAGCCUGUGUUCAGGGCCCGGAGAAGGAGAUUUCUGACUUGGAGUGUUUGGAAUUGGGGGGAAUCUCUUUUUUUGGGGGGAAGACAUCACUUUGGUUGCUCAGAAGGUCCCUUGAGGCGUAGAUGGAGAUCUUGCUUUCUGGUAGUGGACAGGAUGGCAGGGAGGAGUCCGGGGGUGAGUGCCCUUAAAUUCUCUCAGGUGAGCUUAUGUGGCGCCCAUGAUUUCCGAGCCAGCUUCGGCCAGGUCCCUCUCUGAUUUUGGGGACUGCCCUUUGAACCUGCCCCCUUGCUUGGGAUCCUGCACGGUCUCAGGGGCUCGCCAGUUUGAAUCCUGGCAUUUCAUAGCCCAGCACCCCACUCCCUGCCUGAAACCUUGGGCGGGCCUCCCUGGCCCUUAUGUGGAGGGCCUGAUGGUGGAAUGGGCGCAGCCCUGCAGUUCCUUCUGGGUCUGGGGCUCACCCAGGCCCUGCCCCAAGGGGGUAACUGCAAGAACAAGGGGAGGACUGGGGCAUCCUCUGAAUUCAGACUCCCCUGAACUGCUCGGGUCCCAAGGCAAGCUCCAGAGAUCCCAUUCCAGACAACUUCUAAAUAACUUGUGGAAUCAUUGGGGAAAAUAAGUCUGAAUAGGAUCGGGGGCCAAAUCAGCCCAUUGGGCAGCGUCAGCUUGCUUUGGAAAGGAGCUCUGGGAAAGACCCAGAAAUGGCCCCAGGAAGGUUCGGGUGAGUGGCCAGAGGCAGCCUGAGAGGAGCCGGUUUGAGCUCUGGGAGGUGGGAGCUACCAGAGGGGGCCCAGAGGGAAGCAGGUCCUCAGGAGCUGACCCCCAAGCCAGGGACAGCCUAAACCCCAGCCGGGCAUGCGGAGAUGGGCACAGAGGCCCAGGAGCAAGCGGACAAAGGGAGCAGAGGAGCUUUAGCACUGGACACUCCAAUACUUCGGCUCACAGUCUGGGGUGAGGGACUGGGAGAGGGGGGCUGGAUUAUGGGACCCUUGAUGCAAUGAGGCGACCCUUCCUGGCCCUCCCGCAGCCUCCGAGUGGUUGCUGUCCCAGGCGCCCUUUCGGGCAAAGUGGGAGACCUUUAGCCGGUGGUGCCCGGGCCCGGCACCAAAAAGGAAGCCAAGUACAAAUGCCACCGGGCCAAUUAUUUUAAAAGCUAGGGCUGAAGGCCGGGGUCUGGGCCCCACGUGCUUCCAAGGCAGCCUCCAGGUGACAGAAUGGGAGCUGCCUGUGGGAGGGGAGUAGGGGGUAGGAGGGGGCCUGCAGGGAAAGGGGGUCCCUGGAAAUCCUGACUCAGGCCCACCAGACUGCGGAGGCUGGAGUAGUGUAAACCAGAACCAGGUCCUGGGUGGGAAGUGUUGGGUCCAGGGUCACAGGGUCAUCGGCAGCAGAGCCCGAGGGUCAGCCGGGUGUGGUCACCCCAGAUCCAAUUUGUUUUCUCCUGAGCUCCCCAGAAGAAAUCUCCGUGUGAUAAACUGGCCCCGGGCGGGCACUCCCUCUGAGUGUGGCCUGAGGGCACAGAUGGAGGGAACUGACAGAAAGAGGUCAGGGGGCUUUUCUUUUCUGUCACGGCAGGGAGGCCCCUCCUCCUGAUGGAUAGGACCCUCUCCUUCCUCCCAAAAAGUCAUAAAGCCACCGGGAACGCCAGUGACCUUUCCCCCGGUUCCGGUUGAGAUUAAGGGCAAAAAACCCCUCUUUUGGGGUAUUUAGAUACUGUCUUUCCUAAAGUAUCCUGAGUCCCGGCUCCCGGCCAAUGACUUUCGUGGGGAGCUGUGGGGUGCUUGGGAGUGUUGAUUUGGGGAGGGAGGUUGACAGGAAGGGCGGGGGUCGGGGCCGCUAGCGCGUGGCUGGGGCUUGGAGCCGAGAGCCGAGGCCGACCAGGCAGAUGGUCACCGGCCCCUGCCGCCCGAGCUUCCACGGGUAUUCGCUGUCUCGGGGCGGGGAGGGCCGGGGUUCUGCACCGAGAUCUGUAAAUUCGUUUUCUCCCGUGGAGACCUUGCAGGCCCUUGGGCCGGGAAGGGAUUUGGGUUGUCAGAAGAAAAGCCUCGUUUCGCGGCGCUGAGUCAGGGCCUAGGGCCGGCGCUGCCUUAGCGGGGAGUGGGGGCCGGGAGGGGGCCGGCUCCCUUCGGCUCGUGGCUUUUUCUGGCGGAGCCUCCGCGGGAUGCCUCCGGGGACCUGCGGGCAUGGGCGUGGGGCGGGCCUGUCGUAGAAGGGGAGCGGGAGGUGGCGAGAGGCGGCCCCGGGUGGGUGAGGGCCGGAGAAGCGGCCGCCCGUCUCCGCCGCAUCCCAGCCUUGGCGACCCUUCUUCCCCCCGCGGCCUCCUCCAGUGGCCGUUCCACUAUUCUUGCCCCCGUGACACUGAGGAGAAAACGGGCUCAGGAAGGGGAGAAAUGGCGGGGCCGAAGCCGGCACGUGAAGGGCAGAGCGGGGCCGCAGCCUCCUGCCUCCCGACCCCGCCCGGUUUUAUCCGCGCUGUGGACUCUUGCGAUCUCAUUUUGUGUUUUUCACUUUGGGUUUUUUUUUCUUCAGUUAAAAUUUUAUUUUUUUCUCCCCUCCCCUCAUCCCGGGAAAGAAAAAGAAAAAAGGGCCGAGGAGCAGCCGGCUGGCGGAGGUGGGGCUCGGGGCCCUUUCAGAGGGCGCUCGGAGGAGCCGAGCUCCGGGGGAGGGUUUGGGCCCGCUGCCCACAGCGGGAGUGGGGGGGAGGCCUCGCCCAGGAGCCAGUUAUUCCCCCCGACAAACACGCCGUCAGCAGAGCGCGCUCGGCACUGGCCGCGGCCAAGAAACGCACGCGCCUCGGCCCGCGCCCCACGCCCCGCUUGUCUGCCAGAGGUGGGGCGCCGAGCUCCCUCCUUUUGGAGACAUGCGGCGGCCCGUGGGCAGCAGUCUUUGUAGGAGCUUACAGUCCGAGCGGAAAUGUCCGCGUGGGCCCGGGCAAACAGCCGAGGUACUGCCCGGGGUCGGCAGGAGGCUACAGGCGGGAGCUGUGUCCGGCUCUUAACCAAAGGUUCCGGGGCUCCCCGGCCUUGUGAACGCGUCAAAGCCUCAGCCCCGCUGGGGGUGGGAGAAGGGCCCAGCAGCUGGCGGGGAGGUCCCAGUGGGACCUGGCGGUGGGGUCCCGGAAGCCCAGAAAGGGAGGGAGGGAGGCCGGGCCUGCUGCUGCUGGCGGGAGGAGAAGGGGGCUACGCCACGACCCUUCAUUGUGAGGCGGCCCAGGCCCCUUGCCCGGAGAAUUGGGGGAGUGAACUUUGGUUCCAGGGUGACCCGAGCCGGUCACUUGGGUUUCCCCAGCCAUAAAGUGAGGGGACCCUGUGACCCCCCAGUCUGCUGGCCUGCCCCCCGCUCCGGAGCUGCAGCCGGUCUUCCCUUAGCCUCGGUCUCCCUUUAGCCCGUCCUUGACCCAGCUUCCUUUUGUCAGACAGUACUCCUGUCCCAACGGGCCUCGGCCGAGGAGCAGCUGGCUGGCGGAGGUGGGGGGGGGGGGGACUCGCCCGGUCGGACUUGUUGGAUUGUUUCUCCAGUCGGGGUCCUCGCCCAGGAGCCAGUUAUUCCCGACAAUAAGUGCGCGUCCUGAGAGCCCCUUAGUCCUCGGGCCAUGAAUGGUUUCUAAAGGGUUUGCGCCAAGCUGUGGGCAAGAAUGGCCCCGCGGGUCCCAGGAUACACCGGGGGACGCUGGGGGACCCUGGGGGACCCGCCAGACCUGGGAAUAGUCCGAUACAGGUUCUUUUCCUAUAAUCGCUGGCAGUUGAGGGUUCUAAAAUCUUUUGGAAAAUCAGCUGCCCCAUCCACAGAAUUUGGACCAAGGUAACUCCUACUAAUAAGGUCUCCAGAAGAUGGAGAAGCCUAAGUGCCCGUCAGCCGCCUGCAGACAGACAUUAGGUGUCAUAAUUCUAAGUUUUUUAAAGUAUCCCACAGUGGAAUUCAAUAAAUAUUUGCUAAAUUCAAUUUGUGUUUUACUGUUUGCGAAAUAUACUUUAGGGUUGGUUUUUAGAGGUUAGCUCCUGGAUCUAAGGGCACGAGCUAAUCUGACUAUUAGCUUGUUAGAAGUGCAUGUACCCAACUUGGUUGCCAAGAAGGAAAUAUGAGUUAAUUUAAUAUUCUGAAAUCCCCCAAACUGUAAAAUCAGUUCACAUAUACCAAAAAAUCAAGUUAUCAAGUAUUUAUAAAACUCAUUCAGCAAUAGCUUCUGAGGUAAAACUUUAGGAAGUUUUCUUCCUGUGAGAAAGAAACUCCUGUUGGAAAAUGAACAAUUUCUGAACAACAAAAAAACAUAAGAGGAAUUUCUGUAGAUACCAUCAUAAAUAAGUUCCAAGAAGUCUGCAUUGGCCCCUAUCAUCCAGAGCUCAGUCCCCACUGGCCAGUGGGCAUACCUCACUUAAGGGGUACCUUCAUUUUGGCGCUUGUUUUUGCUUUUAAAAAAAUUUCUAUUCCGGUCACAUGUAAAAACAAUUUUAACUUUUUUAUGAUUUUGAGUUCCAAAUUCUCUCCUUAAUAUUUUGAAUUUUUAUAGUUUUACUGAGUCAGAGCUCCAGAGCAAAGGCACCUAGAAAGCCAGCUAGGCCCACCCCUCAUUUUACAGAUUUAAAAAAAUGGAGGUCCAAGGAGAUUACAGUUGUUUUGCCCACAGUAAGAGCCAGGGGUGCGAUUUUUACUUGGUGCUCCAGUGAUCCUCCCCCAGGGGUCCUGAAUCAUCAGUUCUGCUUCACCGUCUUGUGAGAGGCUGUGCUCUGGGCUGUCCACUGCCACUUGUGCCCUUAGGGUUCGAGGCAGGGGCUCUCUGUAUCGGGGGCACCUUGUGGACAGCCUAACGAACCAAAUGGAAAGAACCCCCCACCCUCCAGAUGUGAGGAUAGUGAAUGAAAUAUGAAUAGCUGUCGGUAUUUAUCCUGACCACCUUAGCCGUACCUGGAGAACAUAAUGAGACUCACCCUACUAGUGACUAACUUUACAUAGUCUUAAUAUAGACUUGUAAUAUUCAAUAAAAUAGUGUUAUAUGUUUCUGCUUGUCACGCUUAAGCUCAGAUGCACUAGUGAGACUUUGCGUCUGAAAUGUCAUCGCUAAAUGUAACUGGUGUGGUGCAUGCCCCGUGAUAAUGCGAUCAAACCCUCUUUCUGCCUCUGCUUUUUCUUAGCUAUAGCCCUUCACUCUGAAUCGUCCUAUUCUGUGCUCAGCUGCCAGGCAAAUGCAAAACAGAUUAAUUCACCUCGAAUUAGCUCGGAAUGCUGCUGUAACAAACAGUUCCUUCAACACUUACUGUUCUCAAAACCCUUCACAGCUUUUGUUAUAACUUUAUAGGUGGAAUUAACGGGGUGAGCACCAUUUCACAUCAUCACUUGCACUGAAUGUGCAUGAUUCGUGGUUGAACAAACAGCGAUUAUGAGGGGUCCUCCGGAAAGGGGGGAUCAGCAGGGGAAGCGGUGGUAUUAAUAUCUUUCUCAAGUAAUUUUAUUUUAAAAACAAUAGUGAAACGUUGUAAUGUGCUAAACAAGAAACGGUGGUGAAAGGUCAGGAUGGCUAAAGGUUGGCCUGCGAUGCUUUUCAAAAGCUAUUUUCUGGACAGGGCACAAUUAAUUAAAUUCAAAUUCCUUGUAGAGGGGAAAUAGAGCCUAUUGCCUCAAGUACAGUCAAGACGGGACAUUUGAGUCAAGUGUGUAUUUGCAUUUGGCACAGAAACUGCAGGAUGACUGACUACUGCAAGUGUUUAAAUGGAUCCUUGAGGCUAAUGUGGAAAUACAUUUUACAUGACUUCAUUUGUUUAAUGACUAUCCUGUUUCUUGCCAUCUCAGUUGUUAGUAGGGAAGGGGAAAGAAAAUUUGGAACUGAAAAUAAAAAUUAUAUGAAAAGAGAA